AUGAACAUGGUAAAAGAAAUCCAGCUAAAGCCCAAGGUAAAUGUCUCUUCUUACAUCCACUUUUUACUGAAUUACAGAAAGAAGUUCAAGGAGCAGCAGCCAAACACCUACCUAGGCUUUAAAGAGUUCUCUAGAAAGUGUUCGGAAAAAUGGAAGUCCAUCUCCAAGCAUGAAAAAGCCAAAUAUGAAGCCCUGGCCAAGCUCGACAAGGCCAGAUACCAGGAAGAGAUGAUGAAUUACGUUGGCAAGAGGAAGAAACGGAGAAAGCGGGACCCCCAGGCACCCAGACGGCCUCCGUCAUCUUUCAUACUCUUCUGCCACGAGCACUACGCUCAACUGAAGAGCGACAACCCAAACUGGUCGGUGGUGCAGGUGGCAAAGGCCUCGGGGAAGAUGUGGUCCGCCAAGACAGAUGUCGAAAAGCAGCCCUACGAACAGAAGGCAGCUUUCCUGAGAGCCAAGUACCAAGAGGAACUCGAAGCCUACCGCAAACAACGAAAUGCCAGGAAGGACUUCCAAGUGUCGACCAGGAACCAGUGCAGAGGGAAAACUGUGUUGGACAAAGCUGAUGGAUCCAAUUCGAAAAAAUAA